AAUCAAUCACCAACAUGUUGUCAGUGGUGGUGUCUUUGAUUUCGAUCGUCGCUGGCGCCUCAUUAGUCAUCGCGGACGUCCACAGUGACAACAUCAAGUUCCCCGAUCUGAACGACGACAUCCACGUCGACCGCAAAGCGCCAUCCGCUGCUGCGUGGCUCCCCCGCCCCAACCAAUCGCUGGACGUGCACUUCCCCGUGGACUCGAAGAUCAUCGACACUUCGGCUGCUCCUUGUGUGGUCACCCUCGUCAAGAACCACACGUACGCGCACUCGUACAACAAGCCGUACAAGGGGGAGUUUUCCCCCCCUUCCUGCUACGACGACCCGGACUAUUCCCUCGUGUACCUCCGGUACAAGGCCAAUGUGGACCCUGGUCGGCAGUUUGACCGCCUCGCCGCCGUCUGGGUCGGCAACCACCCCGUCCUCCGCACGACAACGCAGGAACCCAACCGAGUGCUUGGCCCCCACUGGGAAAUCUUUCGGGAAAUUUCCCAAUACCGAGCGCUGUUUGGGAAGAACGGCAAUGUCACAGCGUCCCUUGACAACGUGGUCAACGACGUGUACACGAGCAGCUUUUAUGUGACGAUCACGGUCGAGUUCUACAAGAAGGACCCGUCUCAGCACGUCGUCCAGCGCGUGCCGUACGCUCCCGACCAGAUCGUUCCGAUCUUCAAAUCCAACGACACCUAUCCCUGGUUCAACGUCCAGCCCAACACCCUCGGCAAGAACUUCAACCUCGUGACCUUCCCCAAGAACCUCGAUGGGUUGUACCUGGAGCUGUUUACAUCCCACCACGGAUGCGACGAGUUCCACUAUACCAACCCUCCCAACGAGCUCAAGGCCACCCUCAACGCAGACUGCGCCGGCGGAUCCUUCCGCGAAGUGCAGAUCCUCUUGGAUAACGAGAUUGUCGGCGCGGUGUGGCCGUUCCCGCUCAUUUACACGGGCGGCAUGAGUCCUGCCCUGUGGCGCCCCAUCGUGUCCAUAGGUGGCUUCGAAGCCCCCACGUACAUCAUCGACCUGACGCCAUACGUGGCCAAGGUUCUGGACGGCAAGCCGCACAACGUGAGCUUCGCCGUCGGCCACGGCUUGGCGUACUGGCCCACCAACGCCAACCUACUCGUGUACCAGGACCAUUACGUCGAAGAGACGGUGGCUACGCUGGACCGUAAAGUGUUUGCGCGGAACGUCGUGCCCAAGGUAACCUCGAAAGGUUCUGGCGGCAACCAGACCAUCCACACGACCGCCACCCGUCAAGUGAACGUCAAGUCGACCAUUACCAACUCGCAGGGCAUCCGCAAGUACAACAUCAAGCAAAAGUUCAACUACGUCAACCACCAAGUGUACUCGAGCGACGUCCAGACGUUUAAGCAGCGCAGCACGACCCACACCACGACCACUAUCAAGUUUCAAGAUGGCACGAAAACAACCCAGUACUACACGGAGGACUACCCGCUCUACGGCAAACUCGAGUACAAACCCUACACAUACGGCAAGUCGGCCCGUGAUGGGAUUCUAUCCACAGUCGAAGAGGUGGACAUCCCGCCGUUUAGAUCGCCGAUCAUUCAGUUUGAACAAGAAGACACAAACCAUCUGAGAUCGUCGAUCCAAGCCAACUUCUACAAGUACAACGUGACCAUCCAACACGACCUCCGCCAGAAACUCAAAAUCCACGGCAACAAGGACGACUUCCGCGUUGGAGUCGAAGAGUUUGAGCUCUCGAUCGCCCAAACGGCCAAGUCCCAGGUCGACUCGCGCAUUGGCUUCAACGCGACCAACCAAGUGGCAGUCGCCGCGUCCAACUGGACUGGAUGCUACUCGCACGACGUCCACAGCAACACUGGCAACUACACCAAAUAUGUUGAAGCCAAAAAGUGCCCCCGCGUCAAGCUGUACAAUGACGACGAUGACGACGACGAUGACGACGACGAUGACGAUGACGACGAUGACGACAACUAA